GGCGCAACAAAUUGGCGAUUUUAUUGCGUGUCCACUGGUAGUAUAUCCACCACCAUGGAAGAAUUACCUACAGAUUAUGAGGCCAUUGUUGUGGGGACAGGCCUGGUAGAGUCCAUUUAUGCUGCUGCUGCUGCACGUGUGGGAAAGUCAGUUCUUCACAUUGACAGGAACACCCACUACAGCGGCGAGUGGGCCGUGCUCGGCCUGACCGCCCUCCUCGACUGGGUGUCACAGCACGCCGAUGACGGAGCCGAAACCCCGCCGCCGGCACCCGCCGAGCUCAGCACCAGGUCCCUGCGGCACAGACGGCUGGUGCACGGCAUGGUGCAGCGCUGGGCCAUCGAGGAGGGGGAAGCUGAGACUGAUGCGUCUCCGUUGCGGUGGAUGACCGACAAAAGCAGCGAUCCGCCGGUUCCAGCCGAGCCUGAGGUCGCCGAGACAUCCACCCAGGACCAGCCUCCGGCAGAUGGUGACCAAACAGUGACCUCGGCCGUCCCUGAGACUGCGACGGACCAGCUCGGGGAGCAGGUGGACCAGGACACCGGAGCCCCUGUCGCUCAGAGCUCUCAGGAGGAGGCAGCUCCCAAAGAGUCGCCGGAAACUGCGGAGGCGCCCUCCGCGUCCGUGGAGGAGCCCGGCUCGGAAGAUGCCGCUCCGGCUUCCCCGGAGGAGCCUGUCGAGGCACAGCCGGCUCCGAGGAAGGCCCCGGAGUGGACAAUCAAUCGGAUGAAGAAACUCUCCCGGCGGUUCAACAUCGACCUGGCCCCGAAGGUUCUCUACAGCCGCGGCGCGCUGGUCGAGCUGCUCAUCUCUUCCAGUAUCGCCCGGUACGCCGAGUUCCGCUCGGUGGGUCAGCUGCUGACACCGCUCGGAGACCGUCUUCAGCCGGUGCCCAGCUCUCGGGCGGACGUGUUCACCACCAAGCACGUGUCGGUCGUCGAGAAACGGCUGCUCAUGAAGCUGCUCAGCUUCUGCGCGGAACUGGAGAAACACCCAGAGGAGUAUGCCGGUUUCGAGGACAAACCGUUCAGCGAGUUCCUCAAGUCACGCCGCCUUACACACAAUCUCACACACCACGUGACCCACGCCAUUGCCAUGGUAUCCCCCGAGACGCCGACGCUCGAGGCGUUGCGUUCCACGCAGAAGUUUCUGCUCAGCCUCGGUCGCUAUGGCAACACGCCGUUCCUGUGGCCGAUGUACGGCAGUGGAGAGAUUCCUCAGUGCUUCUGCAGACUCUGUGCGGUGUUUGGCGGCGUGUACCACCUGAGCCGCGGUGUCGAUGCCGUCACUGUCGACGAGGACGGCGCGCUGACAGGCGUCGUCUCCGACGGGCAGCGGUUCACCUGCCGUCGGUUGGUGCUAGAAGACGCCUACCGACCGGAGACGGCCGAGGGCGGAGAGGGAGUGUCACGGGCGGUCAUCAUCACAGACGGUCCGCUGUACCCUCCGGCCGAUGACCAGGUACUGCUGAUCCGUCUGCCGGCCUGUGACGACCACCCCGGACCGGUGACCGUACUGCAGGCGGGACCGGCCGCCUCCGCAGCGCCGGCCGGACUCUACGUGAUCCACCUGACGUGCGCGGCGCGCCGCUCGGCCGAAGAGGACCUCGCUCCGGCCGUGGCCCGUCUCCAGCAGCUCGCUGUCGCCUCACAGGAUGACCCGGACGAGUCUCCCGCUCCGCAGACGGCCCGGCCCAUCAGGGUGCUGUACUCGCUGUACUUCAGCAGGCGGUGCGGCCGAGGCGCCAGUGCGGAGGAACUGCCAGAGAAUGUGGCGUUCUGCAGUGGACCCGAUGAUGCGAUCGGGUUUGAUGCUGCCGUGCAAGAGGCACGUGACCUGUUCACCGCCCACUUCCCUGGCGAGGAGUUCCUGCCGCGUGCGCCGGACCCAGAGGAGAUCAUCUUCUUCGACGAACCCAACGAAUCUGUGGUGACGGGCGGCGCGCAGCCAACGGAGACGGCACCGAGCGGCCAGGAGCCGGGUCCAGAGACGGCGGAGAAUGGGUCAGCCGCUGGAGCUGGGGACUCAGGGGUAGGGCCGGCAGAGAAGGCUGAGACGGGGACCGAGGUGGCUGUAGAGGCAAAGGAAGAUAAGGGAGAAGAGGUGAAGAGUGCGAAAGAGGGGGAUGAAGGAGCGAAGGAGGCGGCAGCUGGGGAUGGAGUUCAGGCUGAAACCGCGUAGGAUUCGUAGUGGCUUAACGUCCUCUGGCUUACGAUUACACAUAUUUAUGGCUUUCUACCGUGCCACCGACUAGCCGAAAACUCGGCGGAUGCUUUGUGUGUGCUGGGUGGUGAGCUAUUCGGAAAAUAUUUAAUUUCGCGGGCAUUUCUAAGCUGUCAAUGACUGUCUUACUGCAGUCAGCCGCCUGCGCACCGUCACACUGCUUUAGCAUGUUGAGCUAGGGCCUAGGACAGACCGGGAAUACCAGGUUUUGAUCUGUCUUUGACUCGUGACUUCGUGAGGCCAACAUAAGUGUGCGACAUUAUGCGUUACCAACUGUUGUUCUUAUGUGUUCUGGCGGUAUCUGCACGAGUUGGGAGGAUGACAACUGGCGAACUUGCGACAGUGUGGAAUAAGGCAGUGACAGUACUGCAUAAUGGGCAUGUCUGUAUUGUUUCAGCUUUAUGAUAUUUUCUCGCUUCACGUGUGCUAUCGUCUACUAGGACGUGACUGGUGUUCAAUGUGUGGGUCUCCUGCCGAUGUAUAUCCCGCUGCUGUCUGUGAUAAGUGUGCCUGUGGGUGUUUAUUUUGUUGAUAACUAUAGGAUCGUCAGCAACGGCACAUCAGGAUGAAUGCGUACGUUUCGCCAGAACUGAGCGCACCUUGGGCUACUUGUAUGGAGCGGAAUGGAUAUUUGAGGGAACCCAACUACCUAUACGGGAUGUGUUUUAGUUAUCGAAAAUAGUUUCUAUCGGAAAUGAAAGCGAAAAUGCAUUCUUUCAAUUUCUGUUGUGUUGAGCCAAAUGUGCUAAACCAAUUAUCAAUAUUCAGUGUUGCUGCGAUUUGCGAAUGCUGAUUGCUGCUUGUCUGUCGUCAAAGCCUGCACAUUUAAGGAUGUAGUAAUAUUAUAAGUGUGAUGAAAUAUGGCAAACGGAAUGUGUUGCAGUGCACUGUGUAAUACAUGUAAUCACUCACCGUCGCA